UUUGACUCCUUCCCUACUUACUUGUCAAAGCUGAUCAUGGCUUGGGGAUUAUGGACAGUACUAGACCCUUUGGCAGUGUUUGUGGUGGAUGCAUUCCUGGGGCGACUUUAUUACACUGCUGAUAAUCCCACUGCUGACUGUGCCAAGCUGUAUUGGCUUUUUCUAAGAACGGAACAGACUGGAAUUCCUGGAGCAUUGAUCACCGCAUUGCUUUACGCAGUCCUGUUUUUAUUUUCAUCUGCAACACUGCAUCUAUAUUGGUUCAGGUUAUACAAUGAAAGCUGGUUAUUAGAUUUUCUCCAGAGGAUUCAAGGUGAUGAGACCUCUUUCUUUGUCCCAUGUGACCUGGAAAUCUCUAUCCAAGAGUUAAGCUACCUUGUGAAAAAAGCAGAACAAUGGAGGGGAAUUGGUGGUGAAAGACGAAAGGUGGUUGUCUAUGAAUAUUUCUGGGAAGACCAAGCCGAGCAGACGCAAAUCUCCUGCAGUGUCGUCCAUCCCCAAGGUGAAAUUUUGAAAUUUGUAGGAAACUCAAGAGGCGUCACCAUUCAUGUAAUGAUAUAUACAGUUCAUCUUGGGGGUUUCCAAGAACUGUACAGGCACUUCCUUAGACUGCCCAAUGGUGCUAUUGUGGAGGCAUUUGGGGAUGUCAGUGGAAUCAGCUUUGCAUGUAAUGAAGUCACUGCAGACUUUGAGGAGCACAGAAGUGGAAUGGAUCCUCUGCUGGAAGCUUCUUCUUCAGGGAAAUAAGAAAGAAGAUGGGAAGGUAUUAGUUGAGUGGCUGGAAAUGACUAAAACUGUCAAGCUGAAUAAGCCUUAUAAUUAAAAGUUCAGCAAAAAAACCCCAAACCCAACAUUCUUCAACCUUCUUCCCCAAACCCUCAUUUCUUCAUCCUGAUUUUUGAGUACUGUUUGG